GUAAUCCCGCGCCAGUAGCAGGCUGGAUUUUGCGGUGGUCGCUCCUGUGCGAGUGCUUGAACUGAGCUUCCUGACCCACAGCAAGACAGACAUCCUGAGGAGCGCUAGUGAAGUGUGUUGACCGUCAGCGAGGCUCUGCAGAGUGGCAUGGAUUUUCAGAGUGCAAUGGAGACUUUUGCCGAAGCGUGGGUCGCCGCCAAUGCUGGACAGCAGACUCAAGCCCUUGCUCUCACGAGAUCAAAGACACCCAAGGAGGAGCUAUCGUCGCCGCCGAGUGGCCAGGAGGGCCAAGUGAGGAGUCCUCGUGAGCGCUCGAGGAGCCCCAAGUACCAUCAUCGGCCCUGCUCCAAUGCCUCCUCCAGUCACGCCAAUCAAGAGCAAUUGCCCACCGGCAACCCUGCAGGCGCCGUCAACACCUCGGCGCCCACUCCCUACUUCGGCAUCACGCCUAAGGCCGUAGCGAGCGCCGCUCCCGGCGCCCAGACGGCCAACAUCACGGAGAACGGCACGGCCGGCCAGGGCAACAACUCUCCUCCCGUCGACAGGAAGGACUUUGACUUCUCCAAAGUCAAUUCGAAAUCCUUGCCUCUCCACUGCAUCGUGGAGUCCGUGACUUCCCUGCAAGCGUCCCUCAGCAAUGAUGCCCGCGGGCCGUGGAAGAGGAGGUCCAACAUUGAGAUGGACAGCUACGUGAUCGUGCCCGCCGUGACGCAGUUCUGCAACAUCGUGAACACAGCCCUGCAGCGGCUGGGCUACUCGCCAGAGACCAGCCAGACGGCUCGCGGCAGCAUCGUGAUCAAGAACUGGAAGCCACUGGCGCUGGAGAAGAUCUGCGACAGUCCGCUCGUGACUGUUGGCGAUGUCCUGGGUGAGUUGACAUCUGUGAUCACGCUGCGGAUUGUGAUUCUCCGCACGAAGCCGUCAACACUGUCUGAGAUCAAGGAUAAACUCCUGAGACUCCUCAUCCUGCAGUCGCACGCCAUCCUGCGCUCCUCCGGCUGCCCUCUGGACGAGAUAACUCUGUCCCAACUCUGCCGCUCAAAUGCCAUGCAGAGUCCCUUCCCGUUCACCGUGGAGGCGGCCGAUGAUAUUCGGCGCAAGUUCGACGCCUGGUGGUCCAGUCAAUUAUCCCCGCAGAGCAAUCCUCUGGCUCCCAAACUACUGCCCUUCGUCAAUCCACCGACGGCCAGUCUGGACUUCACGAAGACGGCCGAACAUCUGCAUGCCGGCCACGAUGUUCUGCUGGAAAAUCACCAUCAGUCCCACCACAACAUGAUUGUCCAUCCGGCUCUGCAAACUGUUCACUCGCAGUAUCCAAGCCAGAAGACUCGCAUGCGAACGAGCUUCGAUCCUGAGAUGGAGCUGCCGAAGCUGCAGCGCUGGUUCCAGGAGAAUCCCCAUCCAUCCCGCCAGCAAAUCCAGUCGUACGUGAUCCAGCUGAACUCCCUCGAGUCACGGCGAGGCCGGAAGCCUCUGGAUGUGAACAACGUGGUAUAUUGGUUCAAGAACGCCAGGGCGGCUCAGAAGAGAGCCGAACUGCGAGGUCAGACCAUGAGCAAUGGAUUCAGUGGCAAUCCCGGUCUCAUGAUGUCACAAGGAUACAUGAAGAGUCCUCACAGCAUCCCAUCUGAAGAUAUCGAUAAUCUCUCCCAACACUCUGACGACCUCGAUGAUGAUCUCGAUAGGGCGCCGUCGCCUCAGUUGCCCCUGUCCCUGACCACUCAUGAGCGGAAUCGUUCGCCGCACAGCGAAGAGCGCGAGUCCGCGGUGAAGGUGGAGCGCGAUCGCGACAGCCCGGCCAAGACUCAGAACGGCAGCUCUGAGCAGAACUCAGAGGCUUCUGCCAAUCACAAUAGCAACCACAUCCAAGACUCCCGCAGUGACUCCCCAAAAACCUCACCCAAGUCCGAGGAUCUCGACAUGGAGGACUCCGACGUGAACCCCAUGGAGGACUUCAGGUCCCCGUCGCCGGACUCCCGGCGGGAGCUGCCCUUUCCCAUGGUGCCCAACUCGAUGUUCUCCCACUCGAUAAUGUACAUGAGUCACUACAUCCCUACGGCCAUGGGGCAGAAUCCCCACCACCCGCAGCAGCAGAGCCUGAGUCCCAGCGCCCUGACCCAGGGCGGACUCAACCUCUCCAGCCUGUCCAGCGACGAGCGCCGCAAGCGCAAUCGCACCUUCAUCGACCCGGUCACGGAGGUGCCGAAGUUGGAACAGUGGUUCGCCAUGAAUACUCAUCCGUCACACAAUCUGAUCCUCAAGUAUACGGAAGAUCUCAACCGCAUGCCUUACAGGCAAAAGUUCCCACGUCUCGAGAGCAAGAAUGUCCAGUUCUGGUUCAAGAACCGGCGGGCCAAGUGCAAACGCCUCAAGAUGUCCCUCUACGACACUGCCCAGCUCUCGGGCCUGGGAUCGACGUUCCAGCAGGAGCUGGAGGAGCGCAAGAUGAGCGCAUUGUAUCCACACAGUGAUCGCGAUUUGAACUAAGAUCACCCAGCAUUCCAGCCACUCCGGAUGGAUGAGUAACUAGCAAUAUAGAAGACAAGUAGAUAACAUACUUAAUCCCGCGAAUGUUUUGUCUCAAAAUAUCUUUUCAAUGGUGAGUAAAAGUGGAGAUGUUGGACAUCUUGGAGUAAGAGGAAAAAACUUAUUGAAAUUAAUCAUGUACAAUCCGCAGUUAAUUAUCAAGUAUGAGUAGGAGAAAAAUUACUAGAGUAGAGACACAACUAUCAAUUUGAUGAUAAAAAGAUACCAAAGAUGGUAGUUUAGUGAGAGGGAGAGAGUGAGAGAGAGAGAGUAAAAUUGAGCGAUAAAAGUGGAGGUAAUUCUUAUUGAUAGCCAUGGUAAUCCAUAUAUUAAUGGAGAAAUUCGUUAUGCAUUUAGUGUUACGUAGUGAAAUAUUAAUUCAAGGACAUACACUUAACUUAUUAAGCUUUACUGGAGAUGAACAUUCAAGAAGAAGAAAAAAACAACCUAUACAACUCUUAGUGGAUGAGAUGCUGCAUCGCUUAGGGCUAUUGCUAUUAAUUUCUCUUGUCGAUUUCUGUUAAAGGGUGGCGGGCAAUCUUUCGCCGCCUCCCUUCUGUACAUAGACUUGUAGCUCUGCAAGAAAAUCCCAGUGUAACUUAUCGAUCAAUAAAA